GUACCCCCUCGCACAUCGCCCACAUCGCAUCGCACACAUUGCACACCCUUCCCUCCCUCUUCCCCACCACGCUCCAUCGCUCAUCUCUCCUUGAUCAUCACUCAUCCUCUUUCCUCCUCAUCCUCCAUCUCCCAAUCCUCCCAUCACACACCACUUCCACGCCCCUCCCCACACCCACGACUCUCUCCGUCGCUCUCUCUUCCACCCUCCGCUACUGUCGCCUGGACCCCGCCUAGCGCCUGACUCUACCCGCAAUCCACGCGACUUGGCCCGCGCCAGGGCUCCAUCGCACCCACACAUACCACAUCCUUGUCGACUUUCCUCCACCCAUCUCUAGGCAAUCACCACUCUCAAGUCAUGGACAAGUGGCGCCGCUUCGGCAUCGGCGGUGGCAACGCCGCAGGUGCCAACGGUACCACUGCGCCAGCCCCUCCAGAAUCCCCUCCUCCCGAGCCUAAGGGCAAGGAGCGCGCUCUCGACGAAAGUCUCUGGGGCCUCGAGAACUUCGGUAACACAUGUUACUGCAACUCGAUCCUCCAGGCGCUCUACGCGUCAGAGCCAUUCCGCGCCUUCAUCGAAUCCUACCCCGACGUCGCUAAACCGUAUAAUGCUCUCGGCGGCGCAAUAGCUACCGAGCCCAUCCCUUCCCCCAGCCCAGACGUAGCCAAGCCUAACCCAAUGGAGUCGCCCACUGCCAACCCUUCUGCGAAGGAGAAGCGCGGAGGUCUCCUCGGCCUUGGCAAGUCUAAAGACAAGGCGCAGCCACCGAAAGCUGUCCCGGCGCCUGCCCAGCCUCCGCAGCAGCUUCCACCUCCCAUCAUCCUUCCGGCGGACCCGUCCUUCCCAGAAAUGACCCUUCUGGCGACCAUUCAGACGCUCUUCCAUCACAUGAGCACAUCCCUCCCGCAUCACCCAGCGGUUCCGAAGACUGCUCCCCCGUCGCAGCCGAACGGCGCAUCGCCUUCACCCGCCGGAGCCGCUUCACCAAACUCAGCGACGACUGUAGUACAACUCGGCCCGAAUGGUCAGCCCAUGGGCCCCUCGCUCUUGGCAUCAUUGCCGCCUCCUUCUUGUGCUCGCGGUGGAGGACCGUACCAUGCGGGCACUCUAGGCCGGGGUGUUGUCCGACCCGAGGAUGUGUUGCGAACCGCGCGUCGGCAUAACAACAUGUUCGGCGGGCAGCAGCAGCAGGACGCCCACGAGUUCCUGGGUUUCGUGCUGAAUCAGCUGGCCGAAGAGGUGGAGCGUCUUGACUCGGAGCUCAAGGAGCGUGGGCAAGAAGUCACCAACUUCAAAGAGCGCGGUAUGACUUUCAUCCACUCGUUGUUCCACGGCGUCCUCGUCAACGAGACGCGGUGUCUCAAUUGCGAGACGACCAGUUCGCGCGAGGAAUCGUUCCUCGAUCUCUCAAUCGACAUUGAGCAGCACUCGUCGCUCACAGCAUGUCUGCGCCAGUUUUCGCACUCGGAAAUGCUCUGCAGCACAAACAAGUUCUACUGCGAGACCUGUUGCGGUCUCGUGGAGGCUGAGCGACGCAUGCGCAUCAAGAGCUUGCCCAACAUCCUCGGCCUGCACCUUAAGCGGUUCCGCCAGGACGACAUGGGUCGGUUGCACAAGCUCUUCUACCGAGUCACCUUCCCUCUGUCCCUGCGAGUGCCGUGCACAACCGAGGACACGGAAAAGGCCGAGAGGCUGUAUGAGCUCUUCGCGGUUGUUGUCCACAUUGGAAACGGCCCCACUCACGGCCACUACGUGACUGUUGUCCGGUCCGAGGAUGGCGGGUGGGUCAUGUGCGACGACGAAAACAUCGAGCCUAUCAGUGUGGACGACCUCGCCAACUACUUCGGUGACAACAUCACCGGAGCAGGUUACGUGCUCUUCUACCAAGCGGCUGAGCUCGACCUCUUGUCCCUGGGCCUCAAGAAGCUUCCUCAACCAAAGGUCCGCCCACAGUUGCCCAUGCAACUCGUCGAAGAAGCGAAGAAGGUGCUGGCCCCCGUCGCUGAGGUCUCAGCUACGCCGGUGGCUACCGCGCCCGCGAGCCCGGCUGCGAACGCUGCCUCAGUUCACCUGCCCUCGCCGGCGGCGCCCACUACCCCAGCGAUGCCCGCGGCCCCUGUUGUGCCGGUGGCUGUGCCCACCGUGCAGGUUGCCGCGGCUGCCCCUGCCUCGUCGCACCCGUCGACGCCCUCCAACCCGUCGUCGUCUGGCACGCCGAACGGGAGCAUGCGGAGGGAGCCGUCGUCUUCGACAAACUUCCUUGCCUCGGCGUUCAUGGAGCACAAUUCGCCUGCGCGACGCAGAGAGCCGUCGAUGUCGCGCCCGGCGGGCGACAAGGCGAACCGCUGGUCCAUUCUCAAACGCAAGGACGACCCGGCCCACCGCCAGCCGCUGCAGCGGCAAGGCACAGCCACGACGCUCGGCACGCUCGGGACGGACAGCACGAGCACGAGCAGCAUGCACCACGACAAUGCUGUCGAGCAUGCUGCGCAUCACAACCACGACCUGAGCUCGUCGAUGAUGUCAUCUCAGUCAGCGACGAGCGCUGCCCCGUCGUCCGGGACAGGCCGCUCUUCUCCGCCCGGCCCCGCCAGCGCGCCCCCGUCGGCCAUGCCAAGCCACAGCAACCUGGGGCGCAACGCGUCGUCAGCGCGCGCAGAUCGCGUGAGCGGCAUGUCGACAUCGAAUGGGUACGGCGGCGGCACGUCUCUGGGCCGCAAGCUGAGCGACCGUACCGGUCUCGGCAAACUGUCGCGCACGACGAGCUCUGGCUGGAAGAUGGGCUUUGGGAAGAAGGGCAAGGUCGACGAGUAGUUGUAGCGUCUUGGCCAUGUAGUAACAACGUAUGCAUAUGCGUACCCGCAAG